AUGUCGACGCAAAAAAGUCAAGGUAAAGAUCUUCUUACUAGCCAACUAAACAUCGCUAAUAUCAAUUUCCAGUGUGACCUGACGAAACCUGUCUGCUCGCGCUGCAUCCGCUUUCCUAAAGAGUGCAAAUAUAAUAUCAAUAUCAUCAACCAGAAUAUAGUCACUCACACAAGGCCAAGUGAAGCGAAUCGUCGCAAUGAGAGCGUUAACCAGAGCCUAAUCCCUAUCGCUCACCAGCCUGUUCUAAACCUGUCACCACUUCUAUCGUCGAAAGAAUCUCAAUUUUUCAUGCACAUAUUUAACACCGAAACCGCGCCGCGGCUGUUUCCCGCAGCCCCGGCGCUCUUCCUACAAAGAAUCAUUACAAGCUCCCUCGAGACACCGCAUCUUCUCUAUGCUCUCCUCGCAUCUGCCUGCAGUCACCACAGCCGACUUGUCCAAAAUACAGGACCAAGGUCGAGGGUAUCCUGCUUGAGGUUUACGAACUUGUCAAUUUCCUGUCUCCGCUCGGCUCUUAGUGAGACGAGUGCAACACUGACCGCUGAGACUGUCACAACGGCGAUGGCUCUGUGUACCAAUGAUGUGUGCAAUGGUAAUAUGCAGGCAUGGAAAACUCAUCUUGAUGGGGUAAUGCGUCUUUUGAAUGUCUUUUUGGAUAGUCAAGGAACACUGCGCAUCACUGAUCCUUACAUUCAAUGUUUGGUCAAAUGGUUCACAACAAUGGAUGUUCUCGCGGGAUUAUCGGGAUUGAGUACUACUGGUAUGAUGAGCUCUGAUACUAGGCUACUGGAUAGAUCUUUUGAUCUGCUGAACCGUAAUGUCGACGAUAUAUGUGGAUACUCCCUGAAGUUGGCUCCGUUACUUGCACACCUGUCCCAAUUGGUACAACAAAAAUGUCACACUGGGGCUGGAAUGCAACAGAACGUCUUGGCAGAAGGUCGGAGGCUUGAGACUGAGAUUAUUUCCCUUGUUGAGUGCAGUGUCUCCGGUGGAGAUUCCAUUGAGCUGCAGAGUACGCAUCUUGCCUUUAUACAUUCUGCUUUAUUACACCUCCACCGGCGAGUUCAAACACUCCAAAGAAACCAUGAGACGGUCAAAGAGGAUAUCCGGAGAAUCAUAGCCGCAGUGAAAGACAUCCCGCCGUUUUCUUCUGCGAAUAUAUUGAUCCUUUGGCCCAUGUUCAGUGUUGGCUGUGAAACCAAUGAUACCAAGGAGCGUGAGUUUAUCCACAACCGGAUGGGCGACAUGCAAAAUCUUGGGAUGGGAAAUUUCACAAGAGCACGAGAGUUUUUGAGUAAAUUCUGGGCAUCCGAGACAUCCUUGUCCUGGGACAUGUAUUUUGCGAAUCUUGGAUUGGAAUUGGUCCUAUUCUAG